CUACUGAACGUCUACCCGUGGAUAAAGUUACAAGAACGUGCUCCAUGUAACGACUUAGAAGCUUUCUGCAGCCUUCACAAGAUGGCAAGCCAGAUUCCUGACGACGAGGCUGUGACCAUCGAGUAUCGCGGAAAGAUUGCAAUCAUUACACUGAAUCUGCCCAAAAAGCUGAACGCAUUGUCACAUGCGCUCUACUUUCGUAUAGCUUGUUUGUUGCAUGAGAUUGCAGCUCGCGAUGACAUCUUCAUCACCCUUCUCGCGGCAAAAGGUCGUUUCUUCUCGGCGGGUGCUGAUAUCUCUCGGAUCAGCUAUCCGUCAGAGAAUGAACCGGAACAGACUCGACGGCUUCACUACCUACAGGGCUUUACAACUAUGAACCUUCAUACCACUCAUGCCUUUUAUUCACACCCGAAAAUCCUUAUUACAGCCCUGAAUGGUCCAGCUGUAGGGAUGACUGCAACCUUGACCGCAUUUUCAGAUUUCGUCUAUUGCACUCCUGAGGCAUACAUUCUGACACCCUUCACCUCGCUGGGACUUAUAUCCGAAGGAAACGCGGCGCGCGCAUUUGUGGAAAGGAUGGGCAUAUCAAAGGCUAACGAAGCUCUGAUCAUGAGCAAGAAGAUCACCGCCGAGGAACUGCUACACUGCGGCUUCGUGAACAAGAUAUUCGAUACCAACAAGGACACCGACAAGUUCAACGAACAGGUACUGGCGGAGGUGAAUGAUCGAUUGGGCGAGAAUUUAAAUGCCGACAGCAUGUUGAAGAUUAAGAAGCUGAUCCGUAAGCCAGGGUUGGAUGAGCAUGAUCGUUUGGCGGUGCAUGAGGUACUUGGUGGCAUGGAGAGACAUCUCGAGGGUAUCCCGCAAAAAGAAUUUGCAGCUCUAGCGAGCGGGAAGAAGAGACACAAGUUGUAACGCACUUCAACGACCAUUCUUACUACGCUGCUCCUCUUCGCGGUCCCCUCGUUCACGCAGUCUUUCCUCUUUCUCCUUCCAGUGACCGCCCUCUUCAUAAUCGUCCCGGAUCUUCAAGGCUUUGCGCAUGUUUUCCAUCUCCUGGAUCUUAGCCUGGCCUAGUUCGU